AGGAGAAGGAUCCGCACCAUCCUCCUCAUCCUCUCAUCACUAUGGAUGCGCGCCGAAGCAGAACCGCGUGGAUUUGUUUGUUUGCGCUCUCGUCGCUAUUGUGCGGGACUCCAGCACAAGACGCAUGCGACAGCGCUCUGGUGUCUAAUCUGCCGGCGUCGGCCUUCAGAAGCUCCUCCCAGUUGUCUGCUAGUCACGCUCCAGUCUUUGCCAAGCUUAACAGGAGAGAUGGAGCGGGAGGUUGGUCUCCGCUGACCUCCGACUCAUCUCAGUGGUUGGAGGUCGACCUUGGGGAGAGGACCACCAUCACGGCGGUGUCCACGCAGGGACGCUACGGCAGCUCUGAUUGGCUGACAUCCUACCUGCUCAUGUUCAGCGACACCGGUCACAACUGGAAGCAGCACCGGCUGGAGGACAGCAUGGGCUCUUUUUCAGGCAACAUCAACGCGGACAGUGUGGUUCAGCACAAGCUGCAGCAGUCGGCCAUCGCUCGCUUCCUGCGUCUGCUUCCCGUGGGUCGGAACCCCGGUGGACGCAUCGGACUGCGGCUGGAGGUCUACGGCUGCCCUUACACUUCUGACGUGAUGUCGUUGGACGGCGAGGGCGGCAUCGUGGCGUACUCAUGGAGCGGCGUGUCGAGGAGCUCGUCCAGUGAAGAGGAGAAAGAGAACGAGGAGGAGGUCUCGCUGAAGUUCAAGAGCCUGAAGAAUUGUGGGACGCUGCUGCACGCUAAAGGAACCUGGGGACUCGGACUCAGUGUGGAGCUCAAGGCAGGAAAAUUCGUCAUGGCGACCACAGGAGAACAACAACAACAAGCAUGGACUUCUAGUCCCGGACAUCGACAUGUGGCUUCGUUGGGCAGCCUCUUGGAUGACCAACAAUGGCACCUGGUGGCCGUAGAAUGUCACGCGGGUCGGUGCAACGUCACCGUGGACCAGCACAGGGAGACCGUGGACCUGCCGCCGUGUUUCCACCACUGGCACAUCCAGCAGCUGAGCGUGGGCGGAAUUCCCAACAUUCCCGACAGUAGGUUCCGAGGCUGCCUCGAGAACUUUGCGUACAACCAACAUAACCUGAUCGAGAUGGCCAGACGUGGUGACCGCCGAGUCACCGUGACGGGCAAUGUCACCUUCGCAUGUGCCCACCAGACGCUGGCUGUGGCGGCCACCUUCCCCGGGCCCCAAGGCUUCCUCCAGUUGCCAGGUGCGGGGGUGGCGGACUUGCUGCCCGCUGGGGGAGUGUCCGUGGGGCUUCAGUUCCGGACCUGGAACCGGGAGGGUCUCCUGCUCACCUUCCGGCUUCCUCGGCAGGCUGGCAUCAUCUGGGUGUACCUGAGCGACACCCGGCUCAGGCUGCGGGUGCAGAAGGCUGGCAACGUGCUGCUGGAGCUCAAGGCAGGUUCUGGUCUGGAUGACGGUCAGUGGCAUUCGGUGGAUUUGAAGUCCAGACGAGGACACCUGAGCAUCAGUGUGGACAAAGAUGAAAUGGCUCAAUCCAGUCCUUCCUUCAUCAUUGCCGUCGAGAAGGACCUCUUCUUCGGUGGUUGUCCUGUGGAGGAUAAGAGGAGGGAGGACUGCAGGAACCCUUUUACCGCUUUUCAGGGUUGCCUCCGCCAACUGACUGUGGACCAGCAACAAGUAGACCUCAUCCUGGUGCACCAAAGGAUGCUGGGAAACUACAGUGACCUAAUGAUUGACACGUGUGGGAUAAUGGACAGGUGUUCUCCGAGUCGCUGCGAGCACGGUGGACGUUGCACUCAAACCUGGACGCACUUCCACUGCAACUGCAGCGACAGCGGCUACGGUGGCGCCACCUGCCACAGCUCGGUGUACGAACAAUCCUGCGAGGCGUAUAAACACAAUGGCAACACAUCAGGAUAUUUCUACAUCGACGUGGAUGGCAGCGGUCCCAUCAAACCUCAACUAGUUUACUGCAAUAUGACAGAGGAGAACACAUGGAUGGAGAUCCGACACAACAACACCGAGCUGACCACAUUGAGUCCAUCUAGUGGUGAACAUCAGCACCUGGUGCAACUGGACUAUUCUGCUAGCGAGGAGCAGCUGUUGGCCGUUAUCGGCCAGUCAGACCACUGCCAGCAGGAAAUGGCCUACCACUGCAGGAAGUCCCGCCUCCUCAACACUCCGGAGGGCUCCCCCUUGAGCUGGUGGAUUGGCGGUGCUGCUCCGGGUGGACGUCAGAAUUAUUGGGCCGGGGGUCAGCCGGGCAGCCAGCAGUGUGCAUGCGGCCUGCAGGGAGACUGCUUGGAUCCCAAACGUUACUGCAACUGUGAUGCUGACAGUGCAGAACGCGCUGAGGACACAGGUUUGCUGAUCCACAAGGAGAACCUCCCUGUCCGCUCCCUGAUACUAGGCGACGUGAGGCGGACUGGCUCAGAGGCUGCCUACCGGGUGGGGCCGCUGCGUUGCCAUGGCGACAAGAAUUUCUGGAACGCAGCCUUCUUUGCCACAGAGACGUCCUACCUCCACUUCCCGACGUUCCACGGCGAACUGAGUGCCGACAUCUCCUUCCUGUUCAAGACCGGCGCUCCCUCAGGAGUCUUCAUGGAGAACCUGGGCAUCAGGGACUUCAUACGCAUUGAGCUUAGCUCUCCCACCCGGGUUCUGUUCUCCUUCGACGUGGGUAACGGUCCUCUGGAGGUUUACGUGAACUCGAGCUCCCCGCUGAAUGACGAGCGCUGGCAUCGGGUUCGCGUGGAGCGCAACGUGAAAGAGGCGUGCCUGCGUUUGGACGCCAUGCCCACGGCCACCCGCAAGGCGCCCGCUGAUGGACACAUUCACCUGCAGCUCAACAGCCAGCUCUUCAUUGGGGGUACGGCAUCCCGCCAGAAGGGUUUCCGUGGUUGCAUCCGCUCCCUGCAGCUCAACGGUGCCACCCUGGACCUGGAGGAGAGGGCGCGCAUCACACCCGGCGUCCGACCUGGCUGCCCGGGUCACUGCGACAGCUACGGAGCGCUAUGCCAGAACCACGGUCGCUGCGUGGAGAGGAACAAUGGCUUCCACUGCGACUGCGACAAGUCGGCUUACGACGGAGUCUUCUGUCACACAGAUGUGUCGGCCGUCUUCAAGCCGACAACGUCCAUCCGCUACGCCUUCCAGAUGGAAGCCUCCGAGCGGGGCGGCGGGAAUGUCAGUGCGAAGCCACCGUCGCCUUCCUCCAUCUUGUCUGACGUGAGCCUGAGAGCAGAGAACGUGUCACUGAGCUUCCGAACCAGCCAGAGUCCUGCACUGCUGCUCUAUGUGUCAUCGUACCAACGAGAGUACCUGGCACUGCUCAUCAACAAGCAUGAUAAGCUGGAAGUCCGCUAUAAACUCCACAGCAGCAAGGAAGCCGAAGUGUUGAGGAGCCAAGCCAAGGGUUUGGCUGACGGUCGUCUGCAUACGGUGGUCGUCAGCAGAGUGAUGGAUGCCGUGUCUCUGCAGGUUGACCAACGUACCAGCGAAGUCUUCAACUUGACGUCAGAUGGCGAAUUCAGUGGCAUCAGGUCAAUUUUGCUUGGCAAAGUACAAGAGUCCGACGAUGUGGAUCCAGAUCUGGCGCGCUUGUCCACGCUGGGAUUCAGUGGCUGUCUGUCGGUGGUUCGCUUUAAUUCCAUCAGCCCCCUCAAGGAGGCGCUGCUCCGGCUGCACGGUGGAACCGUGGACGUCAGUGGGCCAUUGGCCCGCUCUAACUGCGGCUCGCCUGCGACGUCCAAUAGCUACGCCACGCACAACACGCCACACCUGUCAGACCCGUCCGGUUCUGGGCAGCCUUUAGUCAAUGCCAUGCGGACAGACUCUGCACUCAUUGGAGGCGUGAUCGCGGUGAUCAUCUUCGUGACGCUGGCCGGCCUGGCCGUGGUCGCCAAAUUUGUGUACCGGCGGAAGGAAACGUACCAGAACCAGGAAGUGAAAGGCAGCCAGCAGGAGGAAAGCCAAGACUUACCCUUCGAAUGCCAGACAGACUCCCACAAUGCCUUGGGGCAGAGCCCAAAAGAGUACUUCAUCUGAGCGCGAGGGAAGGCAAUCGGACAUGCUUGGUCACACUUAUAAAUAGUUGUACACAUGUAAAUAUUCAACAAUGUCAAUGUGUCUUUGUACGAUAUUCUGGACAAUUUUGAAACGAUCUUUCAGUUUUUCAAAUGGAGAAUGGUGAGGAAACAUCACAUGAGCCGGAUGAUUCCAGCAUGUCCGCAAGUACAUGCGUAUCGUAGGGUGUAAGGUACAUGCCAAAGCAACCGGUAACAGGUAACUGUAAGGCCGUUUUAGCCAAUCAAACCUGAAGAAAGUCGCGUGGAAAAUGCACAAAAGGAUAAAGGAUCUGGAUAAAGGUGCGCAAGCAGAAAUGUUAUUGAUCAAUUAUUGCGAUGAAUAGCGGUGAUUCCUCUCAGCACAUUUCAAUACAUUUAAAGAACAAAAUCUGCAUUUUGUUAUGGGCAUUUUGUUCCCCCAAUUUGGGGGACAAAGAUCAAAUGUCAAUCUGGAUAAAAGUGCACAUACAGAAAGGCAUUUUAUCAAUUAUUGCGAUGAAUAGCAGCGAUACCGCUCGACAAAUUCCAACGCUUUCAAAAAACAAAAUGCACGUUUCACCCUGGGGGUUUGCGCUAUUAGUUCUCUCAAUUGUGAGCUUUUUCACAAAACGUCUUUUUGCUCAAGAUCAAAUGUCAGAUCAUGUCAUACAUGGCAAAGACAGAAUCUGAAUAAAGGUGCCCGUACAGAAAUGUACAAUAAUAAUACAAUACAGUAUAAGCAUUUGUUUUUAAGUCAUGUGCUAUUAUUUUUCCUAAACGUGAGCUUUGUCCCUUAAACUUCUUUUGGAUUGAUAUCAAACGUCAGAUCAUGUUGUAGUGUAUGUGGAAAAGACAUAAUCACAGCAGUGGUGUAUGGAGGAAAAUGCGGUUUUCACAUAUCAACUGGUAGUGAGUUUGAAUAAAUUGACCUGAAUAGAACACGGAAUGUGCUCUUUACAAAACAAUACAAAAAUAGAGGGCAUCAAGCCGCCUUUCAAACACUCCCCUUCAGUUUUUGUACAAUUGUCCAUUGGAUUUAGGACAGGAUCUCAAUGAAGGUGCACAUACAGAAAUUGAUUUGAUCCUUGAGUGCACUCAAUAGAGGCGCUACUAACAGACGCAUUCAAAAAUUAGCAUUUUAUUCUGGGCGUAUGUGCUAUUAUUUUUCUAACAAACGAGCGUUUUCUCAACAAUUGUCUUUUGACUGAAAUCAAAAGGAAAUGAGUGAAAAACAGCAGUGACGUCCUGGGCUCACCGAAAGAUCAAAUUCCGAUCAGAAUGCUCCGAUGCGGUCGUCACCUACACUGUCUUUGUAUUUGGAAGAAUUCCUUGUAUUUUUGUAGGUCUCUGAAUUAAAGUGUGCAUACAGGAAUGUAUUUGUGGUGUUCAAACACAAAAGCCGACAAUCGCCAUUGAGACAAAAAUAGAGCCACGCCUACUAGCAGACUGCUUAUCAUGGCAUUGUUCGAUGUUGCAUUUCCUCACCCUGCAAAACCGAACAACUCCUACUGUACAUGUAAAACCCCUUGAAAAUAAAGGUUUUAUUGCAGAAACCGAUAAGCUCCAUUUCACUGCACCCUAACCCAUCAUCUCAUUCCGUCACUCCGUCACGAGCCUGUACGUACAGUAUUGACGUCAUCACGUUCAUCCUUAAACAUG